UGAAGCCAAUAAUAGAUUCAACCGUUUUAUGGUAGUGCCUAAUCAUUUUUUCUUUCUGUGGGAAAACGACGCUAUGUUGGAUAGAUAUAAAAACAUACAAAUUGGAAAGGCAGGGCAUCAGUCGACCCUAGCAGCUCAGACAGUUCAAAGUAAAAAUGAAGCAGUUCGUCGUUCUAAUGGUAAGAAUCUAGCACAUUUGUGAUCCGCGCAACAGCUUACACUUGAUAUGGUCUUGCAGUGCCUGGUGGCCCUCACCGCAGCAGCUCCCCAGGGAUACAAGUACCAACCUCAGCUACCAGCCCUUCCUAUAGGCAAUCUCCGUCCUCAGACACCUAUUUCAUCAAGUGGAAUAUACACAGGUGGCGCCGUCCCAUCUCUCGCACAGAUCGGUGUUCAGGCCGCGAUCGGUGUCCAGGCGCAGCAGCCAGCCAUUCAAGCCGUGCAGUCCAUCGCUGCCGCUCCUGCUCCUGCUUCCGCUCCUUUGCCGAUUUCUCUGCCAAAGCAGCCCUUUCUUAAGACUCCGCCCCAGCAAAAUCUGAUCAGCACUGGGCUGCAGCAGCCUCAGCAAAUCGUGUACCAGCAUCCGCAGCAAGCCCUUCAGACCCAGUUCGUCCAGCGCCCUGCGAUCGUCACCAAGGACAUUUACAUCCACUCCGCCCCCGAGGAGAAUGAGGAACUGCGUCAGGACGAGCCACAACUGGAAAAUUUGCCAAUCCGCAAGAACUACCGGAUCGUCUUCAUAAAGGCGCCGACUCAGAAUCUAAAAUACACCGCCGCGGCUCUGAAGCGGGCCCAGUCAAGCAACGAGGAAAAGACCGUCAUCUACGUGCUUUCUAAAAAGCCCGAUCUCACCGAGAUUCAGCAGCAGCUGCAGGUAACCCAGUCUGAGGCUAAGGUUCAAAAGCCCGAGGUCUACUUCAUUAAGUACAAGACCCAGGAAGAGGCCCAGCGCGCCCAGCAAGAGAUCCAGGCUCAGUACGACGCCCUGGGAGGCGCCACUCACAUUUCGGACGAGGGAGUGGCCCCCAUCGCUAGCGUUUCGAGUGGCUCCCUCAACCUGGGCAGCUUUUCGCUCCAGCACUCCCAGGGUGGCCAAACCAUCAUCCAGCCUCAGGGUCAGUCUAUUGUUCAGUUGCAAUCCCUUAACCAGGGGGUCCAGCAGCAGAACUCCUUUGUGCAGCAGCCCACUGCUGCCAUCAUCGCUCCCUCUCUGCCAUCAAGGAAGUAUGUUCCGGCGAAGACUUUUUAAUAAGUUUAUGCUGUACCAUUCCUAUCGCUUCUAUUGUUUUAUAUCAACCACCAUAAUUUAGUAAAUUGUAAUUUAUUUUUGUAAAUGCAAAAGUCGAAAAAGAUAAAAAGAUUUUAGUCGAAUCCCAAAAAGCCUUCUGUUUUGAG